ACCGUGGGGCCUGCCCAGCAGAGCUCAAAGCCCAGAUAAUUAUAAACUCCCUCGCUGUGAAUGGCCGUUUGAGUUGCAGCUGUUCACGCGGGUAAAUGUUGGCACUUUUGUCUCCCAUUGAUUGCGCAUGGAAAUGCAUAGAACGUGGGAGGAUUAAGUCCGCUGCGGUUCCACGGUACCGGGAAAUCAAUGCCGUUGUCACUCACCGCUGCCUUGUAAGCGUUUUUCAAUUCAAGCCCCGGUUAUUCAAAUCUGAGGCGAAGGCAUCCAUAUCUGUCCGAAACGCACGCAAGCAGCAGCAGCAGCAUCAUCAACAACAACUACUACUGACGAACGGGAAAUCGUUACAACAAACGCGCUCGCAUUCAGAUACGCUUCACAUUCUCAUCAGGCAGCGAGCGGAGAGCAGGCGCGGGGGGGAACUGUCAGUCACCGCACGCCUCUCUGUGAAUUGAUAGAGUUGAACAGCUGAGGAGGAGCGACUUCGACUGAGAGAGAGAGAGAGAGAGAGAGAGAGAGAGAGAGCAUCACGGCACACCGUUUCGGAGGAUUGCUUCUCCUGCAAGCCAGUCCGAAAAGGGGGAAAGAGACAGUGGGAGUGGGAGCUAUUAUACUGUAAAGGCAUUAGUCUAAGUACUACCCGGAUCAUUGUUUUCAUUACUGUCCACGCAGGGGGGUGCAAGACCAACGAGAAUAAAACAAAGCACCCCCAACCCACCACCACCACCCCCAUCCCCGCGAGACAAUAAACUGGACAUACUGCUAUAUGAGCGCCAGGUUCGCAGGCGAGCUCCUCAAUAUCCGAGGAGACGAGCGGGGGUGACAACCGCCUCCGGGAUUCUAUUUUUGGGGUCGGAGGAGGAACGCAAAAGACAGAAGAAAGAAGAGAAGGGUGGACAGCAGACGCAUCCCUAAUUCUGUCAUGCUUUCUCUCGCUCUGGAAAGGGAUUAACAUACUGCGGGUUAUGCGGAUCACCGGGCUCACACACACGGGUGAUGCGGUCCGUCGGGAGGUAGAGAGUGGGGACCAGUGAGACUAGAUUCUGGCUGCCUGACUGCCUGUCUUUGGUGUCCCAGCACAGUGGGAUAACGGACAGUGUGUAGUCAACACUUUUCAUUUAUUUCACCAUUUCUUUACUUAUUUAUGACAAGACAGUUCUUUGGUGAACGCAGCUCUGAACAAAGGAAAUAAGGAAAAGGCAUCGCGAAAAAAACCGAUCUGCAGUCCUAAAUAAGUCCGCUAUCCUGUUUUAUAGGACUAAUAGGCUGCACAAGAAGAGGGAUAUUGUGUGGUUGGAGGUGCAUCAUCAAACCCCGCACCCAAAUUUGUUUGAGGCUCUGCGUUGAGUCGUUGCGUAAACGCCAAAGGUGCCUGAAGAGUGCUAUCGCAAGCUCAGCGGGGGAGUUUAAAUACGAAAUGUGACAUUUAUUAAAUCUCCUAAACACGUGACACGUGCGUCCAGCAAUCGAGGAUCUGUUUACAUCUCACAAGUCAGCGAUGGCAGGAUUCCCCGUUCUCCUGGUCCUCUUCCUCUCCCUGGUGGCCGGCGGCUCCUCGGAGGAGGAAGAGGAGGAGGCGGCGCCCUUCGGCUGCGGCUUCCUGGGCCUGCGGCGGCCCUACACCACGCUGUGCGACCUGGAGGCGGUGUGGGGCGUGGCGGUGGCGGCGGCGGCGGCCGUCGGGGCGCUGGCGGCCCUGCUGCUGGGCCUGGUGCUCCUGGGGCGGCUGCGCUCGGUGACCGAGGCCGAGAAGCGCAGCGCGGUGGGGCCCCUCCUGCUCCUGCUGGCGGGGGUGACCGGGCUCUUCGGCCUCAGCUUCGCCUACCUGCUGGAGCGGGACGAGCGGCUGUGCGUGGUGCGGCGCGCCCUCUGGGGGGUGCUGUUCGCCCUGUGCUUCUCCUGCCUGCUGGCGCAGGGCUGGCGGGUGCGGCGGCUGGCGCGGCAGGGGCGGAGCCCCGGCGGGUGCGCGCUGGUGGGCGCGGCCCUGGGGCUGACGCUGGUGCAGGGCAUGGUGGCGGCCGAGUGGCUGCUGCUGACGGUGCUGCGGCUGGGCCAGCCGGCCUGCCAGUUCCAGCCGCUGGACUUCGCCCUGGCCUGCAGCUACGUGCUGGUGCUCCUGCUGGCCGCGCUGGGCGCCGCCGCCCUGUCCCUGUGCGGGAAGGAGCGGCGCUGGCGCUGCAGCGGGGCGUGGCUGCUCCUCGUCUGCCUGGCGUCCGUCCUGCUGUGGGCCGCCUGGCUGGGCUUCUAUCUCUACGGCAACAAGGCGCUGGGCCACGCCUCGGACUGGGACGACCCGGCGCUGGCCGUGGCGCUGGUGUCCCAGGGCUGGGUGCUGCUGCUCCUCCACGCCGUCCCCGAGGCUCACCUCUGCCUGCGCCCCGCCCCCCAGCCCUCCGCCCCCGACUACUUCGACACGUCCCAGGCGCCGUCCCGCAUGAGGGAGACCAGCUUCGACGAGGACGUCCCGCUCUCGCACCGCCAGUUCGUGGAGAACCAGAGCUACGCGUUCGACGAGCACAGCGCAGGGUUGCGUGCCGGGGGGAAUGGGAGCAGUGGAACAGGACCCAGGCCCAGCGCCCCCUUCCGGAGCAACGUCUACCAGCCCACCGAGAUGACCAUGAUCCUGAACGGGGGCGCGGUCCCGUCUGCACCCCCCACCUACACAGGAAGACAGCUUUGGUGAAGGAGGGGCGGGAAGAGGAGGAAGAGGUGCCUGUAUCCGAGGGGACUGAUGAAGGGUCUUUGAGGCAAUUUGGAGGAGGAUGCUUUUUUCUUGGUACCAACAGGGACCCCCCCCGAAAUGCCGUGUACAGAGAGGCAGAGGACACCGUGGACGACAUUCACACAGCUGUGCGUGACUGGGACAGGGCUGGGGCUCGGGAAUCGGAAACACGGGACUCAGGACUUGGGGACUCGGGACGUGGGUUUUGGGAUUUGGGAUUCGGGACUCGGGAUUCUGGGCGGGGAGAGGGCGGGGCUGACAGAACAGGGUAAAAGUGAAGAUGUGCCAGAAAGCUUAGCAACUCGCCGCAGGCAAGAUGUGGUUUUUAUUUUCUCCUUUUUGAAACGUCUGGAAACUGUGUUAGGCAAGAGCGGCAUUUUAGAACUCAGAAAGCUGAUAAAUACUUCCACUUUUUAUCGUUUUAUUUAACUGAUAUAAAAGUGGUAUAUAAAAGCGGUAAUGAUCUCCAAAUGAGUUUCAGUUUACAACAUCACAAAUGGAUACUGUGGAACAUAAACCUCAGUGGUUUUGACUGGUUCUUAUUUCUGAAGGAGCCCAUAAUGAUAAUAUAGAACAGCUUUAACAGUAGGAAAUUAGCGUCUAAAGUUUUUUAAUUUUCUUUUAGUCUGAGAAACAGUUCUGGCCACUUUGCAGUAUGAGGCUAAUUUGGAAUCUGUCCUCGUUGCUCACGCCUACAUGAGACACACUGACCCUUAACCCCUGACCCCAGGGGAACAUUUAACCUCCUGAUGGAGCUUAUUACAGGUAAACACACCUGAUUCCUCACCAGGAUCCGAUGUGUACCCCCAAAAUAUGAAGGUAGUGGUGGUGGUGGGGGGGGGGGGCGGGUCUUGGGCGUCUGGGGAAACGCCUUAGCUCUCCUCUUCCUGUUCCCGAGAUAGCAGGCAGCUGUUGGUCGGAAUCUGAAAGCAGAAAGUGAGGAGAGGACUCAGAAACAGAAACAGCCCAGAAACAGAUCAGUGAUCAGGACAGCUGAAACCCGUUUCUAUCAGGUGUGGUCAAGCAAAAAUACAAACAAAAAAUUAUCACGAGGCCUGCCUGACCACUGGGGGGGGUGGGGGGGGAGGGGGGGGCUGACUGAAGACUGUUUGCAGGCUCAGAUCAUGAAACGUCUGGGGUGUUGGGGAGGGGGCUGGGAUUGGAGCUGAAAGCAUACGGGCAUUGGUGAACUGUGAAUCUCUGACAGACGGCCGUCUCCUGUCCCCGGUGUAAGGCUUGUUUCUCAAGAUUGACAAGUAUGACAGUUUUAGCCAGUGCCACCCAUCUCGACGGUGCCUACUGUGGUGGACUCACUUUUAUCCACUACAGAUUAAUCUCACUCAUCUUAGUGAAGAGUUAGGGACCCAUUCAAUCUCUCCAUUCGUAACGAUGAAAUCUUAAAACCAGGUUUCUGGUGAUCGCUAAAAUGUUUUUUUAAGAAGUACGUGAAGGCAGACGAUUGUCAAGAUGAAAGGAAUUAGCUGCUUAGGGGUGGCCCUUGUUUGAAAGAGCAAGCCUGUUAAGCAUGCAAACCAGUCAGAAACAGGUUUGCGAUCAUUAGCGUACGAAGGUCAGUCCCCUUCUUCCCCACACCCACCAUUGUCCUCCAUGGCAUGUCAUUUGCAGUGUUAUUAAAAUACUGUAAACACUGUGUUGCAGGGAGGUGGUGCGAAUGGAGGAAGCGGUCCUGGAAAUAUACUCACUUCCCACCUUCCCUAACUCGCUGGGCAGCUCCCUUAAAGAAAAAGCAGUUUCUCCUUUUUACCAUUAGGUGGCAGAAUGGGCAGAAAAGGAGCUGGUCUGUCCCGUUCUUGCUGGUUUGUUUCGAACGGUGGCUUUAGAGUGAUGGUGCUUCGAGAGGUUGUGUCUUACUGUGAAAGACAAUGUAUGAAUUUGUGUUAACCUAGAUGAGGGAAUGGUGUGGAGGGAUGAGGGUAGCACUGUAAUCGAGACCCAGUUUCUGUGAGAGACAACAUCCUCCUGGGAACCAAAUAUCUGCGUGAGGGAGACAGUCUGUACCAUAGUUAUUAUAACAAGAUGAUCCUCUCAGUUCUCUUUGUGCCGUUAGAAUCCCUGUGCUUCUCCCAAUACACUUUCAGUAAAAAUCCAUUUCAGAUUCAGUUCAGCUGUAGUGGUUGUGGAUUAAUUACUAUUAUUUUUUACUUUAGAUUUUUUUUAAAACUAGUCAAUCAAAUUUACACUACUCUUGCUAAUAUUUUUUCAGUUGAUGUGUGACUGGAUUGCUGUUCAUAAAAUGUUUGGUUGGUUUUUUAUUGUUUGUUUUUGAGGAGUUGUCUCUUUUUAUAUAUAUAUAUCUAUAUAUAAAAAAAUAUUUAAAAUUCUGUAAAUUUGCAGAAAUAAUUAUAGCCAUGUUUUUAUUUAGAUUUAUGGAACCAUGGAAAUAUUGGUAUAUGUUUCAGAAAGAUGAAGAUGAAGAUGAAGAUAAAGGUUUUUUUUUUUUUGUUCACCCCCAUUUGGUUUUUGUAUAUUUGCGCCUGCCAGCCCAGGUACAGUGACUCUCAUAUCUCCAGUUAAUGUUACUCUGACAGACACAUCGGUAGAUAUUCAUAAAUGAGGUGUUUGUUGCAUAUUGAUUAUUGGGUAGUUGUGAGGUCUUUUUUUGCACUUUAUGUGUCUGACUGUAUCUGUGCUGAUGUAAAAAACAAAAAAAAACAAAACAAAACAAAAAAAAACUGUGACCAAUCCCUGGUCGGUAGCUUCACUCCCCUGUCAGUACUGCAAAUGCAAGUCCGAACCGCAAGACAGAGUUCAGAUCCAGGUCUGUAUCGGGAUAGGUCCCACGAGUAGAUUUGGUGGAUCUCGACAGACCCACCUACCUUCUUUCCUUUCCCUAAAACUCAGACGGGUUAGUCGGGACGUUUCCUUAAUAGGAUGGCAAAAAGAUUUGGGCUGGGAAGUGUGCCUUUGUUCUUCACAAAAUUGGGUGCUCUUGUCUCUGUGCAGUGUUAACGGUGAACUGGGCUUUCGCCUCAUUUAAAGAAAAGCAACAAUACUGCUAACGAUGAAAAGAAUCUGAAAAAUAUGUUACUAAAACCAUUUGAGCUACAGGGUCUGCUUUUUUCCAGAGAGAAGAUCUCUUUGGGUGUGCUUUUAAAAUUGUGGUUGGUACAUUACAGGAUAAUGAAUGCUUCAGAAACAAGACAAAAUCCUCCAAGCCUACUCAUAAGACUUACAGCACCAUUGUCAUGACAGUCAAACUAGUUUGCUAACUACCCAUAAAACCUACAGCACCAUAGUACCGACUGUCAAACUAAUAAGCUAACUACCAAUGAGGCCUACAGCACUGUAUUUUUCGACUAUCAGACUAGUUAGCUAGCCACCCAUAAGGCCUAUAGCACCAUAGUAAUCACUGUCAAGCUAGUUAGCUAACUACCCAUAAGGCCUACAGCGCCAUAGUAACCACUGUCAAGCUAGUUAGCUAACUGCCCAUAAGACCUACAGCGCCAUAGUAACCACUGUCAAGCUAGUUAGCCAACUGCCCAUAAGACCUACAGCAUCGCACUGCAUGGCAUCUGCUAAUGGGAGCCACAUCUAUACAUACACCAGUGAGCGCACUGAUCCUUUGGUCUGUGCUCAUAUUCAUAAAGCAUUCCAGAGCAGGAGUGCUGAUCUAGGAACAGUUUGGCCUUAUAGCGCAUAAUGGAUAUGCUUAGGAUAUAGACUGGGGAACCCUGGACCUGGAUCAGCACGCUUACUCUGAGAUACUUCAUGAGUACAGGUUAGAGACUGAUCCCCACACUCUGGGUUAGUCGUGUAUCUGGCAGACCUGACUAUAGCCUGGUCCUUCUCAUCCACACUGGCCACCGGUGACUGAUCGCCAGUAUUGGUCGCCGGUGACCAAUUGUUGUUUUUUCCAACAUGUAGGGAAAAAAAAACGUUGUUGCUCCAGUGCGUUAGCUUGUGAAACUUGUGCAGUACAUUUGUCUCUUAUAGUAGUAGUGGACUCACCCAGAGAGGCAGGGGAACUCUGUGUCCGUGCAUGCACGUCCAGACUUGUACUUGAGUUAAGCCUGUGUCUUAAAGUAGAAUUACAUGCAGAAGUCUCCACCGAUCACAUUGCACCCCAGUCUUUACCCUCCCUCCUCCCUCUAUGAUUUUGAUCAAAUACUAAUUGUUUGUAUUAUAUCAGUAUUUUAUGCAGUUAUGUGGACAAAUUAAGACUUUUCAGUGUGAAUAAAUAACGUUGGUUCUUUUUUUAAAAUGUCAUUAACAGAAAGCCUGGGAGCUUUUAUUUCAGACAGUCCCAGAUCAUUCUGAGACCUAGAUGAAUUUAGAGUGGCCCCAAUAUUCAUGUCUGUGGACUAAAAUAUCACUGAAUAGAGGUCUUAAGACAAACAAAAAAAAAAGACCAGCAUAGUGGUUACCACCAUAUUUAUAAAAAUUGACAGGCAAGAUUUGCACAUAAUUUGUCAGGUUGUAUUUUUCUGAACCACCCAUUGCGACUCACCUCUUUCCCAGGAUUGUCAGGUCCUUGUCCUCUCACUCCUCACUAUUCUUGCCUCUGGACUGUCCCACGUAGGACAGCCGAUGGGGGUGGUGUUGGUUCACAACUGUGACGCAGCAUGCCAAUGUAUAGCUCGUUUCCCCUAAUAGGAAAAAAAAAAAAAGAAGAAAUUCUCUGUUUCUGUAACAACUUCAGACAAACGUUGAAUAAAAUGUCAUCUUUGUAGUUUACAA